UCCCUCGUGCCGCCACGCCCUCCCUCGCUCCUUCAGGCGCGUGCAGCUGUGCGUGUUUCUUCUUUCUGUCUGGCACGCGCACCAUCCUCAUCAUCAUCAUCCUCAUCAUCGGAGGCACAAAAGCGACGAAGAGACCACCUCGGUGGACACCAGAAGGAAGGAACAGCCUCAUCACCCCACCAUCGCUGAGGCAGCAGAGGCCUUCCUCGGGGGUAAAGCGAUCUUUGUGCCAAAAAAAAAAAAAAAGAGCACAUCCAUGUUUCCUAAGGUUUUACUGCAGUGGUGCGCAGCGCUGUCGAGCUGUGCAGCCCAAAUAGCAGAGAAGACAAGGCGACAGGGCAAGUUCCAGCCCUUCAGACGUCUCUUUGGGAAGAAGAAGAAGCGGGAGGCCGAAGGUGGAUUUGAUGGAGCGCAGUUAAAGGGUAGUUUUUCCACGGGGGAGGUGUGCAAUGGAGUUGUGUCGGAUGAGGAGGUGCCCAGUCAAAGUCUAAGGGACCUCAAUCCCAUUGGAUCUAGAGCCCUCUCGCACGACAGCAUCUUUAUUCCAGAGGAAUCGGUGCAGGAGGUUGGCCCGUGUCACACCACCAUGUCCCAGGAAAAUGUCUCGGAUAAAGUUAAAAAUCUGCAGAAGCAGAUUGCUCAGACUAUCAAAUUUGGCCAGAAGCCCCCCUCUCUGAGGAGAAGUGAGGGAGAUGAGGGAAGUUCAGAUGAAGAGGAGGUUCCCCGGAGCCCUCUGAGGGUGAUGGCACAAGUAGAGACCACCGAGCCAGCAAAAGCAGAGCCAAUGCAGGUGGCCCCUCAGGCAAAACAACAUAGCACUCCAGUGAAAUCCCCCAGGUCCAAAAGAGUUCUUCCGCCCAGUGGUACCAUAGAGUCGGUCAACCUGGAUGCUGUUCCACAUUCAGUUCCUCUCCUGGACAACACUGCUGCCAAGCAUAAGCUGUCUGUCAAACCCAAGAAUCAGAGGGUUUCACGCAAGCAUAGACGCUUUACCCAGGAUCUCCAAGAAGUGUCCAUCCCUGGCUUGGUGCAGGAGGACUUGGAAGCAGCAGGCGUUUCCACAGAUCAUGAACGCAGAUCUUCUGUGGAAGAAUCACUCGAAACCCUCAAGAAACACAGAAUGCUUGAGGAGGAACGACUGCAAGCCAAGAGGAAGCGAGAGCUGGAGGAAGAGGAGAAGAGGAGCAGAGCAGAGCAGCUGAGACUCAAGGAGGAGAGGUGUCGAAAACAACGGCAAGAGGAGGAAGAACAGAGGAGGCUUCUUGAGGAGGCUCAGAGGAGGAAAGAGGAAGAGGAGAGAAGGAUGAGAAAGGAAGAGGAGAUGAAGCAAAGAAGGAAGGAAGAAGAGGAGAAGAGGCGUCAGGAGGAGGAGGAAGCGAGGAGGCAGCAGGAGUUGGAGGCUGAGCGGCUACGUUUGGAGAAGCUGAGGGAGGAAGAGGAGAAGAUGAAGAAAAAGAAGGAAGCUGAGAAGAAGAGGUUGCAGGAGGUUGAGGAAAAACAAAAGCAGGAACAGAGGCGGAUGGCGGAGCAAGACGAUGACGGAUGCUCCGAUCCUCAGGAGAGGAAGAGGAGAGCUGAAGAGCUUCGCUGGAGAGAGAUGGAGGAGCGACAGAGACCUUUCUCCUUCCAAGUGUCCUCUGGAGAAAAAGAAAUCCUCUUCCAGAAGGUCCAUUUGACGCCUGUUACUCCUGCCUCCAUUGGAGGUGGAGGUGAUCCAAGAGAAGGCACCAAGCCCCCUGAAGCACCGGACUCUCCCAACCGUUCUCCAUAUGUACCUCACACCGCCAUCCUGGUGACGGGGGCUCAGCUGUGCGGAACGGCUGUCAAUUUAGACCAGAUCAAGGACACCGCCUGCAAAUCCCUCCUGGGUCUCGGUGAGGACAGAAAGACCCAAGGAACACCGCCGCCCACCAAGAGCAAGACAUCACCAGACCGCAAGUCAGGCAAGGCUAAAUCCCUGACCGAGUCCACGUUGUGUGCAGAUCCCUCAAGUGCUGCUGUCUUGGCGGAGUGGGCGACGAUUAGAUCCAAAAUAUUCAAAGGAGUGGAGGAGGGGAAGUACGACGAGUACCCGGAGCCCAGCAAGAACCAACAUGAAGUCACCCACGAAGACCAGCAGGAGUUGGCCCACUCACACCUGAGAAAGACCAUGUCUGCCAGCGCCAAGUUCUCCAUCACCCCCGCAAAGAAGAAGUUUGGAGAUUCCAACAGGAGUUCUGAGUGUUUCAGCCCCGAUGAUAAAAUGACAGGCGAGGAACUGACGCCGUCUGAAGCGUCUGCUUCAGCCUCGCCAGCCACAAGCCGUAAACCGCAGAGCAGGAUGAGUAAGACCGUCCGCAUCGUAGAGAGAGGGUCAGAGGAAUGUGUGUUUGCCAAAGACCUCCCCUCUUUCCUAGUUCCCACCCCAGGAGCCAAACCUGAUGGGCCAGAGUCCAAGAGUAGGGACAGGAGUGACUCUGCAGAGUCUCAGAGCAGACUAGAGGAUGAUGGGCAGAGUCCGGACAGCGAGGACAAGCCUUCACCUUUUGGCAUCAAGCUGAGGAGGACCAACUAUUCCCUUCGAUUCCACAGCGAACAGUCCAUGGAGAAAAGGAAGAAACGCUACAGUGCUGGGGAUAGCUUUGAUGGUGUUCCUUCUCCCCUGACCCCCAUGGAUCCAGACUCUGACACCUCCCCUGUCUUUUCUAACAAGUCCAGUCCAGCCUCGCCUCAUCAAGAAGCUCCCCUUGCUAAGUACUCUCUUGCAUCAGCCUCCCCCGUCAUGCCGCGGGCCGGGUCAGGCAAGUCCCCCUGCCCGACGCUGCAAUGGGAAGGCGACAGCGUGCCUUCCAAGCCAUCGCUCUACCGGAGACCCACCACGUCGCCAAAACCCACUGAUGGCGUUCCGACACCCCCUCCGUCACCGUCACCUAAAGCAGCUCACGGUGCCACGGUGGUGCAGAGGGAAGUGGCUGAAGACUCAGCCAACCAGAAUCAGACGUCUGCGGUGGCCCAGUUGCAGCGGAGCGGCCAAUGCCAAAUACAAGGGGAGGAGGAGCCCAAGGAGAGGAGAUCCUUCUUCCCUUCCAUCAACAUUCCCUGGAGGGAGAAGGUGGACAGGAAAACAGAGCUCAUCAAGAGAGAAAAGCCCUCAUUGCAGAGCAGGCACUCGCUGGAUAGCGCCAGGGUCCAGGAGAAGGAGGCGGGGCCCUUGUGGAUCACACUGGCGCUGCAGAAGCAGAAGGGCUUCAGGGAGCAGCAGCAGAAUCGCGAGGAUCGCCGCAGCCAACGGGAAGCCAAGUUGGCUGAAAAACAAGCCAGAGAGAGUGUUGUCCUGUCCAGCCCCACGGACAGCAAAGGUAGCGGGAGCAGCAGUCCAGGUUCUAAAGCUCAGACGCCGGAGGAGCUCAAGAGACCUGACAGCCUCCUGGGACGGUUCGAGCGCAGGGAACAACUGAAAAAAGCAAACACUCUUCCCAGCUCAGUCACUGUUGAAAUCGCAGACUCCACACCAUCGCCACCUGCUGUCAAGGACGUGUCUAAGCGCUUCCCCUCCAUCGACUCCCCGCAGGUGUCUACAGAGCCAGCCUGGCUGGCCCUGGCCAAGCGAAAGGCCAAAGCCUGGAGCGACUGUCCCCAGAUCAUCAAGUAACACACACAAACACACACACCCCAGCUUGGCACUGAGCUCUGCAUGGAGACUACACUAACAACAGAUCCCAUCACGCUCUAUGGAACAAAUCAUUCCCUACUUUGUAAAGCUACCCUGGAUGCAUUCAAGUAUUCAAAUACACUAUAUAUAGCUAUAUGUAUCUAUAUGGAUACAUAUAUAUACAUGAAAAGAAAGGUUGCAAGCAUGCGGCUAACAUCCUAACACAGAAUGAAAACUAUAACAACUGUGGCAGACGCCUGCAAGAGACAAUUUUUUUCAAUUAUUUUGUAGCCAACCGCGGCACUGGGAUUGUAAAUAAUUCCAUCCAUCUUCUAUGCCGCUUAUCCUCACGAAGUUCGUGGGGUAUGCUGGAGCCUAUCCCAGCUGACUUCGGAUGAGAGACGCGGUACACCCAGCCAAUCCCAGGGCACACUCACAUUCAUACCUAUGGACAAUUUGGGAGUCACUAGUUCACCUAGCAUGUUUUUUGGAAUGUGGGAGGAAACCGGAGUGCCCAGAGAAAACCCACGCAUGCACGGGGAGAACAUGCAAACUCCACACAGAGAUUCCCAAGCAGAGAUUGGAAACCAAGUCUUCCUGAUCUCCUGACUGUGUGGCCAACAUGCUAAGCACUCAUCCACCGUGCGGCCUGUAAAUAAUUCACAAAACACAAUGUGAAAGAAAGACCUCGGAUUAAAGAGGUGAAGCUUGCCAGUGUUACAAACGGUGUGACAAGUGUGUCUUCAUAAGGGCUAGCAGCAACAUCACUCUCACGAGUCUGCUUCCUGACCGAGAUGGAUGGAAGUGCCGUUGUUAUGGUGUUGUUUUCCGCAAAGGAGCCGUUUCAAACUGUUCACUGUGUCCGUGACGACUGUGACAAAGCGAGCUGCCAUGAUGACAGAACCGGAUUUUGAUUUGGCGUUCUCGCUAAGCUUCUGGUCACUUCCUGCUUGCUGUAAACGUAGAUUGUCCUUCUUUGUCGGCCAUCACUUCCUUGUACAAAUGUGACACCCGCCUUUCUCUCUCAUCAUUCACUGGUGUAAUGAUCUGUAUGUAUGUAAGUAUGUACUGUACGUAAGACAAAAAGUUUGGUCACUUUGUCAUUUUGUUUCUAUCUAUGCUCGUGCACAAUAGUGUGGUGUACGCAGUGUUACAUGUAACAAAAUGUUUGGUAUCAUUUGCACUUUUUUUGUCCCACUUAAAGAGAGAUUCAUGCAGACAAAUUCUUAAAGAGAUGAAAAAUGUUAUAAAUAAUGUAAUUAAAUCAUGUCUGAACUGACUGACUGCUUCUGUGUGCUUAGAUGGAAUUCAUUUUUACAAAUGUAAACAUAGACAUAUACAUAAUAAAACAGCCAUAUGAUAUAAUGUUAUGUUUCCAGUGUUAAACAAUAAACAUGAUCGUUACGGCAGCCAACUACAACAGAGCGUCCACACACCACCGGGGAGGAGAACAGCUCUCCGGGAAGUUUCCACGAGCUCAGCAUGUGUCCACCUUGAUUGUCCAGGAUGUAGACAGUACCAUCUGUGGAGGCCACGCCCACACGUCUCCCUCCGCCAAACACGCACGGACUUGAGAACACUUUGCCCGCCGUCUGGAAAAUCCAACACAAAGAGCCGUCGUCUGAGUUCAAACAGUACAGACGACCAUCGUGCGAUCCACACAGGAUCUUUUGCUGGUUGGCUGUGACGCACGGAGAUGAGAAGACCGGACCCUCGGUUGAAAACUGCCAAAGCUGAAAAAAACAACAAAAAGCAAUACAUUAAAAGCUUUAGCCCAUUUUCAAAACACUUUCUAUCAUUUGUAUUCUGAAACACUGCAUAUUAUGUAUCGUAUAAUGCAAUUCUCAUCUCAUCAGUCCCAUCUUAACAGUGAAUUAAACACCCUUUAGCUAAGGCCUUGAUUAAAAAAGUAUACUCCAUAGGGCCCUCAGCCGGUCAGGGAAGGUAUUACACAGCCAAUCAUUUGAUUAUG